AUGGGAAGUUGCGGCCUGAAUCUCCAUCACCACUGCGCCAGAGUGGUGAUAGUGGAGGCGACCCGCAACCUGAACACUGUGUGGCAGGCCGGGGUUAGAGCCCACCGUGUCGGGCAGAGGCUGCGGAAGAAGAUGUGGAUAUUGUACCAGCAACAGACCAUCGAGACAUACCUAGAAUGGAACAAUGCCAAAAGAGCCAUCCCGCAGAUCGCGGGUAAGUUCCAGAAUGUCGUACAGCCUCUCAUAAAUGCCGCCUUCGGCGAGGAGAUGAAGAAUCUGGAUAAUACCUCGGACACGAUAGCCGCCGCGGCGGUAAAGGUGAUCACGGAGGAACGGGUCCUGGAGGAGGCGGCCGCCCAGCUGCUACGGGAUAUGCUGGGCCAGACAACAAGCCGCCUCAUGUUUUCGGGCCACACCCGAGACAGUUGUAAUCCGCGGGUGGGACUUUUCACGCCCGUUACCCGCAGAAAACCACGGAAGCCGAGGGUGUCUAAGCGAAAGCGGGCAGAAGAUGAUUCGGACACCAAUGCCGAUGCCACUCCGGUAGGUUCAAUUCAAGCUUUUCAACUGGAGCCUGUUUGGAAAGUCCGCUCCGGUCGAAGUCCUACGAGGUGUCAACAAGCCUAG